AGACUGGUCAGUUGAACUGGACUUUCACUUGGGAGUUUUUGGAUUAUCCUCUCGACGCUCUUCACUUAUUUCAACCUCUUCUCUCUCUUUCUCUUGCUUUUCACCAAGCUAGACACUAAUAGCAAUGGAUGACGAAGUUGCAGCUUUGGUUGUUGAUAACGGAUCCGGUAUGUGCAAAGCCGGUUUCGCUGGAGACGAUGCUCCCCGAGCUGUCUUCCCCUCUAUCGUCGGACGCCCUCGUCACCAAGGCGUCAUGGUCGGUAUGGGACAGAAGGACUCUUAUGUAGGAGACGAGGCCCAGAGCAAGAGAGGUAUCCUUACUCUCAAGUAUCCCAUCGAGCACGGUAUUGUCACUAACUGGGAUGAUAUGGAAAAGAUAUGGGAGCAUGUUUUUUGCAACGAGCUACGUGUAUCGCCAGAUGAACAUCCUGUUCUCUUAACUGAGGCAUCACUCAAUCCUAAGGCUGACCGUGAGAAGAUGACCCAGAUCAUGUUUGAGUCAUUUCAAGUCCCAGCUUUAAGCAUAGCAAACCAGUGCAUACUCUCUAUGUAUGCCAGUAGUCUUGAUAGCAAAGGCAUCAUUUUGGAGUCUGGAGAUGGCUUGACUCAAGUCUUACCUUUUUAUGACCAGAAGGCAUGUCUUGAGGGCAUUGGACAUAUCAAUCUAGGAGGAUACGAUGUAACUCAGUCCCUUGCUAAAGGUCUUGAAAAGAAAGGACACUCAAUUGCUGUAGAAAGAGUUCGUAGUAUUAAAGAGACAUUAAGCUAUGUCUCUCUUGAUUGUGACAAUGAGACUUUGGCACCUAGAAAUUAUGAGUUACCUGAUGGACAAGUUAUAUGUUUGGAUAAGGAAAGGUUUCUUUGUUCUGAAGGUCUUUUUAAGCCGUAUUUACAUGGCAAAGAUUAUCCUGGUGUUCAUGACCUACUUUAUGAUUCUGUCAAGAAGUGUGAUGAAUCUAUUUGCAGGAGUCUCUUGGAAAAUGUAGUUGUCUGUGGAGGUAAUACGAUGUUGCCUGGCUUUGUUGAUAGAUUGAGGAAAGAGGUGUCUGCUCUAGCUCCACAAGAUACAAAGAUCAAGUUGCAUGCCACACCUGCACGCAACUUUAGUGUGUGGGCAGGAGGGUGCAUAUUAACCUCACAUUCAACUUUUAAAGCAAUGCUGAUAUCUAAGCAAGACUACGAUGAGUCUGGACCUUCCAUUGCUCAUCGAAAAUGUUUAUGAACAAAAAUACAAAAUCCCCCUUAGCAAAAUUAUAAUUAAAAAUAGAAACUAAUUUAGUGCAUUUUUGUUAAUGGGUGGAGACUUCUAAA